GCGUAACUGGAGGGUCGCGUUGACUGUCGUCGGAGGUCCAGUUGAAGUGACCACACACCCCCUUUGGAGUUAUUGACGCGGGAUUAUUCAAAAGUUCCCAUCUGCGGCCUCCUUUACCUACACCCUAAAGAGAUACGCCCCCUUUUGAUAGAUUUACAAACAAAACAAUCUUUGCGAGUGACUCAGAAAAAUGAGAUAAGAAAUUCCUAGCUCGCGUUUUUCAGCCGGUUUUGGAUCGAAAUCAGAGAUGGCGGACGCGGAGAACAAGUUGCUGAACCCGGACCCGUCGACCUGGGAGGGCUGGUUUUACUCGAUAGUGCUGAUGGCCGCCAAGGACCCGUGGGGCUUCCUGUACUACGUGUUCCUGGGCCUGUCGCCCGUCUUCCUCAUGUCCCUGUUCCUCACGUGGCGCCUCACAAAAGAACUCGAGGCCAAGGACAAGGAGAAGAAGCGCCGCGCCCGCCGAGACGCCAACCUGGCCAAGGCGCGCAAGUCGCACAAGGCCGACUGAGUGACACAGACUGACAAAUCGCACACCCUAGACAAUAAACAUUCCACAACGAUUCCAUUUCUACUUUUCUCUGUGCCAUAUUCUCACUUGUUUUAAUUUUUUUCUUUUUACCCGAGAAUAAAUAAUUUUAAGAUUUAUCGAUUUGUUUUGGUAACAAUCAAUUGUGUAUGCCCAAGUAAUAAAAAGCGAUUGUAAUUUUUAAUAUUUGCUCAUGAAUUUUCUCACUAUGAUGCAAUUUUAUUUUGGGAUUGAUUAGUUUUGUUGAAUUUAAUAAAAUAUUUGAGAUUAUUAUGGUUUUCUAAAUUGAAGGUUAAGAGAAAGUUCUUGUAAUGAAUUUAUGAUGGAAAAAUGUUGGUUUUCUUAAUUUUUUCAAUUUUAAGUAUCAAAAAAUACAUGAACAACUCCAAUCUUAAUAAUUUUGGGAGAUUUGAACUCCAAAUUUUAAUUUCUUGGAAUUAUUUUUUAUAUUGUAUGCCUUAUUGAAAUUUGUAUUGGUUGAAAUUUAUCCGUUUCGAUAUUUAUUUAGUCCAGUCUGCAUGAACAUGCAAAGUCAUAAUUUAAUAAAAUUCUAUCAAUAUUUAAUUUCUCACAGGUUGUGUAAGUUUUGACUUUGUAGCUUUUACUGUGAAAACCUCAUGACAGGGGGCGUGCAAGUCUCUAUGAGAAAGAUUGACUUUUUAACAUGUGAGACUUUGGUUGUAAAUGUUAGAAAAGAAAAGUCUAGGUCUCAAUUGAUUUCAUUAAUGAAACAAAAACCAGAUGCCAAAAUCUGGCCGAUUCAAAUAGAGACGAAACGUUUUUUCAGAGAUAUUAAUUACUUUUAAAUUAAAGAUGAGACUGACGGAGCCUCGCGAACCCUGUCCCAAGCUGCGACUGAACCUGGCCAUUCACCGCCUUUCGACCUUUCCCUUCAACUUCAAAGGAAGAUUCGGCUGGCGUGCCCAUUUUUUCGCCAACGUUGGUUUUUACUGUUUGGAAUCUGAGGACGGUUCGAUCGUUCUGCAUUGCCACUUUUGUCAACUGCAAAUCAACGAAAGUGUCCUUCUGAACUGGAGCGACCGAGACACUUGUGCAUUUUUGAUUUGGAACCGGUCCGAGUGUCCGAUCAAGUUGGCGAACUCGGACAACGUCCCUCUUCCGAAGGACAAUCAGCUCAACUAUCGUUUCGAGUCGCACUGGCUCUACUCUUUAUUGAAAAAGGACGAUUGGAAAUUCGUGACUCCGCCGGAUUUGGCUAGAGACGGAUUCUACUACAUGGGGGAUGGUGACAAGUGUCGUUGCAUCUUCUGCAACCUGGAGGUUAGCGCUUGGGAGAAAGGGGACAAGGUCCAGUCCGAGCACCGACACUGGAACUCAGGUUGCCCAUUUUUGCAAAACCCGAGCAGCGUCCCGAACAUCCCGAUUGGCGAGGAAACCGGGGAGGUGCAGUGCGACGUUGUGGCUGCCAAACCAAAAGUCGGUUCCCAACAUUUCCCGACUGAUAAUAAUGCUCAGGAAGAACCUGAAAUCGCAGCUGCAGCGCCACAGGCGGAUCCGGGUGGUGACAACGACCCCCAGCAAUGAGAAAGACGCUCUUGUGAUAUUGAACUAAUUUUAUGUACACUUGAUUUAAAUAAAUUUAAUUCUA